AUGCAUCGACCGCAGAAUCAUCUGCCAUCGCACUCAAAAACAUUUUCUCCGGCUACUAGCAUUUCUACAACUACUAAGCUUGUCGAUGCCAUCUCCAGUGGUGCUUCCAAACAUGCAUCUAGCGAACCUUCCCCAAGCGAUGAUAUCAACCAGGCCGAGUUCGCAUCUAAGCGCUGGGUCUGGGUCCCUGAUGAAAAGCUGGCCUUCAUCAAGGGCUUUGUCACCACUGAUCUUGAAGAUGGAAAACUUAAAGUCCGAUGUGUUGAUGACUCGGAUCGAAUAGUUUCUCCUGAAGAUGUAGACCGCGUUAAUCCCCCAAAGUUUGAAAAGGCACAAGAUAUGGCCGAGCUUACUUAUCUCAAUGAAGCUUCUGUGGUCAAUAAUCUUCAUGUUCGAUACAUGUCUGAUAUGAUUUACACUUACUCCGGUCUGUUUUUGGUUGCUAUCAACCCUUAUCAAGACCUGGGAAUUUAUGGAUCCGAAAUUAUCCUCGCAUAUAAAAACAAACAGCGUGAAGAAAACCCACCUCACAUUUACGCCAUCACGGACCUUGCGUUCCGAAAUAUGCUUGAAGAGCACGAAAACCAGUCCAUUCUAGUUACUGGUGAAUCAGGUGCUGGUAAAACCGAAAAUACUAAAAAAGUUAUUCAAUAUCUUGCUGCAAUUACAUCUUCUCGCUCGAAAUCCAUCUUAGACACCCAGUCAUCUACUAAUCCUUCAUUUGAACAGAAGAUUCUUCAAGCAAACCCCAUCAUAGAAGCUUUUGGUAAUGCUCAAACCGUCAGAAAUAACAACUCUUCACGUUUCGGUAAAUUUAUUCGUAUUGAGUUUUCUCGUUCCGGUCAAAUUUCUGGAGCUUCCAUAGACUGGUAUCUUUUGGAAAAGUCCCGCGUCAUCUACCAAAACAAUAAGGAACGAAAUUAUCACAUUUUUUACCAACUCAUUAAGGGCGCUCCUAAGGACCUCCGUGAGGCCCUCAUGCUUGACUCUGACCUUAAUUACUAUGCAUAUCUUAAGAACUCAAACAAGGUUGUUGACGGUGUUGACGAUGCCGCUGAAUACAAGAGUCUUCUCAGCUCUUUUCGAAUUAUGGGCUUUAGUGUUCAAGAACAAAAUGACUUUUUCCGUAUCAUGUCUGCCAUUCUCAACAUUGGUAAUAUUGAGAUUGGCUCUGAGCGUUCUGACCAAGCCAGAAUUCUUAAUGUUGCUCAAGUUGAACGUGUUUGCCAUCUUCUUGGCAUUAACGCUGAGCACUUCAUUCAAAGUCUUAUUCAUCCGCGAGUCAAAGCUGGUCGUGAAUGGGUCCGUCAAUCAAGAUCUGCUUUUCAAGUCCGUCACUCUCUUGAUGCUCUUGCCAAAUCUUUAUACGAGCAAACCUUUGGUGCCAUUGUGGACCGCAUUAAUAAUACCCUUGAUAGAAACAGCGACAAUACGUCUUUUAUUGGCGUUUUAGAUAUUGCCGGUUUUGAAAUUUUUGAAAACAAUAGUUUUGAGCAGCUGUGUAUUAACUACACUAACGAACGCCUUCAGCAAUUCUUUAACCAUCACAUGUUUGUUCUGGAACAAGAAGAGUACAACCGUGAAAACAUUGCUUGGAAAUACAUUGAUUUUGGUCAUGACCUUCAGCCUACUAUCGACUUGAUUGAGCGAAGCAAUCCCAUUGGCAUUUUUUCUUGUCUAGAUGAAGAGUGUGUUAUGCCUAAAGCUACCGAUGCUUCUUUUACCGACAAAUUAAAUUCUUACUGGAAUAAACGAUCACCGAAAUACAAACCAUCAAGACUCUCCCAAGGGUUUAUUCUCACACACUAUGCUGCUGAAGUUGAAUACAACACUGAAGGCUGGCUUGAAAAGAACAAAGACCCUCUUAACGACAACAUCACCGAACUUCUUAUUGAGUCUUCUGAAGUCCAAGUUCGCAAGUUGUUUGCUGAUGCGAAAAAUAAUAUAAAAACACCUGGAACUGUCAUUAAAAAGGGUAUAUUCAGAACUGUUGCUCAGCGUCACAAAGAACAGCUUAAUCAUCUUAUGAAUGAACUGAAUUCAACACACCCUCACUUUAUUCGCUGUAUUAUUCCCAAUCACACCAAAACACCUUAUAAAUUAGACAAUCACCUUGUUCUAGAUCAGCUUCGGUGUAAUGGUGUUUUAGAAGGUAUCCGUAUCGCACGUACUGGUUACCCUAACCGACUUUUCUUUAGCGAAUUUCGCCAACGUUAUGAGGUGUUAGUUACCGGGAUGCCUAGUGGCUAUGUUGAAGGCCAAAAAGCCUGCAAUUUAAUUUUAUCCAAGCUUAAACUAGACGAAAACCUUUACCGAGUAGGUCUCACCAAGGUGUUUUUCAAGUCUGGCGUUCUGGCAGAGCUUGAAGAACGUCGUGAGCAAAUGACACGUGAAAUCAUGGCUCGGUUCCAGUCUGUAGCUCGUGGUUUUAUUCAGCGCCGGAAAAUCCGCAAAUCUCUUCACAAGGCCCAAGCUGUCAGUAUUAUCAAGAAGAAUUUUGAGAUUUACUUGGAAAUGAAAAGCAACCCUUGGUGGAAGCUUUACAUGAAAAUGGGCCCUCUUUUGAUGGCUGCGCAAGACACUGGAAACAACAAGGCUCAAGCUCUUGAGAUUAAGAAGUUGGAGGCAAAUCUCAAGAAAGUUGAAGGUGAAAAGAAUCAGCUUUCAGAAGAACAACGGGAGCGCGAUUCUGAGCUUGAGUCACUCAAAAGUGUUUUGGAAAGCGAGCGUGCUACAGCCCUUGAUAAGGACGAGAUUUUGAAGCGUUCUCAAAUCAGAGAGUCCGAUUUAGAGACUCAACUUGCUGGUGCUCUUGACGAUCUUGACCGUUUGGAGGUUCAGUGCGAGGAACUUCUUAUAGCUAAGAAGAAGGCUACUUCUGAAGCUGACACCUGGCGGACUGAGUUGACCAAUGGGGCACAUUUGAUUGGUCUUCUGGAAGAUGAAAAGGCCAAGCUCAAGGAGCAAAUUCUUCUUCUUGAAGCGGAGCUGGAACAAACUUCUACUGAUCACCAAACCCAACGUUCUGAAAUGGACAAGGUUGCAAGUGACCUUGAAUUUCUUCGCAGCAAGCUUAAGGAACGUGAAGAGGAGAUUAAUGGUCUUGAGUCCCAGCUGCAAGAGCAACAGCAACAGCUCAGCGUUCGUGUCAAGGAUUCUGAGAAGUCGUUAAAUACGGCACAGUCUAAGAUCGUAGAACUUACUGCUAGUAUCGAGGAGUAUCGUUCUGAGCUCGACGAGCAGUACAAAGCUGCUCAGGAGUAUGAAGAUUCUAUUUCCAAAAAAGAGCGCGAGUUAAAGAGUCUUCAAGACUUGUUGGAGAAAAGUAAGAGUGUUGAGGCCACUUUGAAUGAAAAUUACCACAAGCUUCAGGGUGAAUACAAAGAGGCCUCCGGAAAGACUGCUCAUGUAGAGAAAGAACUUCAGCAAUUGCAAGCCAAGUAUGCUAAGCUUGAAGCUGACGAAAAGGAAACACGCCGUCUGUUACAGGCUAAGGUAUCUGACAAUGACGAAGGCCGUCGUCUGCUUGAUCUUAAGGUGGAUGAGCUUACUAUUAAACUUCAAGAGAAAGAUCAGUCGUUUGAAACUGAAAAACAAAAACUAUUGGGCGAAAUUUCAGCAAAGAAAAAUUACAUUGAAAAGCUCUUAAGUGAAAAGGAAGCCCUUUCUAAGUCGCUUGCUAAACUGAAUGCAGUUCAAGAAACCAACACCAAGUUAGAAACCAGUUUAAAGACUGCUCAAGAAAAGGCUUCACAGGUCAGUAAUUUGCGUGGUCAACUCGAGGUUUUGAAGGAGCAACUGAAGGAGCGGGAAGUUGAGACUGACCGAUUGACUAGUGAAAAUAAGGAUUUGUCUUCUAGACUUUCUGAAUCUAGCACUAAUACAACACGUCUUAACAAUGAUUUAGAAUCUUUGAAGGUAGAAAAGUCGCAACUUAUUCAACAAAUUGGGCAGCUCAAGCGGUUUAUUGACGAUGACUUGUCUAAUAAGGAGAAUUUGAUUUUGGAAAAAAAUACCAUCUCUCAGGAUUUGCAAAACGCCCAACAGGAGCUUUCCAAUAUUACUUUUGAGUACAAUAAGCUCAAGGCUGAGCUUGACAAGAAGAACAACAACAUUCGCAAGAUUCGCGACUCAUUCACGGAUGAAGCUACGACUCAGCGCACUAAGCUCAACAAGGAAAAGGCCAUUUUAGAGGCUUCCGAAAAGAAACUGCGUGGUGAAUUAGAGGAGGCCAAACUUGAGGUUGAAACACUUACCCGACAAAAGACUAAGCAAGCUCAAGAGAUUGAAGAUCUAAAGCAUACCGUUUCUCAAGAACAAAAGUCGGCAAAUGCAGUCAUGCGAACCAAAGACUCUCUCCAGGAGGAAGUGAGAGAUCUUAAGAAGACUAUCGAACAACAACGUCGAGAUCACUCUCAGUCUGAGGUUGCUCGUCGUAAGCUUACUUCAAGCGUUGAAUCUUUGACUAAGGAUCUUGAUGAAAAGACUACACAGCUUACAGCAUUACAGAAAGUUGUUAAAUACAAGGACGAAAACGGAACGGUUGAUUUAGUGAAGCAACUUGAAGAUUCUGAAAAGCGUCGCAAGGCGGCAGAAGAAGCCAAGGUUCUUUUGGAAAAGCAGUUAAGCGAUGCUCAGCAGCGCAUUACCGAGAGCAAGUCAGUGCCUUCAUUCCGCAAAGAAAACAUUCAGCCGAUGAGUCCUACAGAUCACCGCCAGUUGCGUACUACCAAUGGUAUCAAAAGUGCAAUUGAUAGUAUCUAUCAGAGCUUUGAAAAUGACAGUCAGCCUGUCAAACGUGGUCAUUUCCGUAAUCGCAGUUUGCAAAAGGACAGUUUCUACACGCGUCCUAACAUGGACUCUUCUGUUGCAGAGUCUGUUAAGUCCUUGAACAUUAAAAACAAGUCUGUUGAAGAGAUUGAGGAGCUUGUUGCCAGCUACGAGGCUUCUAAGCGCGACCUGAUGUCAGUAUUCCAGGAAACGUCUAAGAAGCUCUUGGAGGCUCAGGAUAAGCUUGCCAAGACCGAACAAGAAAAGUCGCGGAUGACGAUGGAGUUUGAGCGCUCGAUUCGACAAGACGAUAGUGAUGAUGAGGACAUUGAUGUACUCAAAUCUACUGUUUCUGAUUUGGAAAUUCGUCUUGAUGCAGAGAGUUCCAAGGCGCAGGAUCUUUUGGAAAGCUUGAGACUGUACAAGAGUCGCGCUGAGGAUUAUUACAGUAAGCUUGAAUCUGCAGAAACUGUGGUGCUCAAGGCAACAAGAGCGGAAGCUUUUGCCAAGGCACAGUGGAAGGAGGCCGAUGCUUCACUGUCAACUGCGUUGAACGAAACCAAGAAACAGGAGGAUAUCAAUAUGAAGCUGCAGUCCCAGGUACAGCAGCUGGGAGACCAGUUGGAAGAUAUGUCGAUUGAUUAUACUCAUUCGAAGGAAGCGCAGAAGAGGCUGGCUAGAGAGUUGCAGGAUUUGAAGGAACGGCGCAAACAAGAUUCUUCAGAUAUGGAAGCCUCGUUGCACACCAUGCGUAACCGCUACAAGACCGAAAUCAAGUCUUUGUCCGAAGAACUUGAACGGGAGAAGCUUGCGAUGGGUGAACUUCAAACUGAAUAUCGUCAUUUGCAGCACGAGAUGGAGAUGCAAAAGGUGAAGAACCAAUUCGAUACCUUAGAUCCUUCUUGGAAGACUUUCAAGAGCCAACUGGAGAAUAAGGUGAAGGAGUUAACUAAGAGUAACGAAGAAGCUGUUCUUGCUCACCAAGACUCUCAAAAACGAAUUGGAUCUUUGCUAUCACAGAUUCGUACUAUGCGUGCUACGAUGGAAGACAUUACAUCUAAUAGAGAUCAGCUUCAGAAGGAGAAACGGGUACUGGAGAAACGACUUGACGAGGUGUCCCAGCAGGUUGAAGAGUUGGCUGCAUCUGAGCAGGCACCACGGGAUGAUACAAUGGAUUCUGUGGAAGAGCUAAAACAAAGUGUGCGUGUGCAAAAGGAUGCAGCGCAGAGUGCUAUAGAUCGUCUUCGGAACGCUGAAAGCAGUUUGGGUGAUUUGAAAGCGCAACUGGAGACUGAACGACAACGAUUAGAAGAUGUGCGGACGCAGAGAGCAAUGACUGACCGAGAAAACAAAGAACUACAUUUGAAGGUUGUUGAUUUGGAGGCACAGUUGCUUGGAAGCAAGAAGCUCGACACCACGUUUUUGAGUACACGGGUUGCAGAGCUUGAACAGGCGCUGGAAGAGCAAAGUAAGCAACACGCCGAACAGAGUCGGACGUUCAGAAGCAACGAUCGGACGGUGAAGGAUCUGAUUGGACAAGUGACACAGCGUGAAAAGACAGCGCAGCGAGUUCAGGAAGAGUUGCAGCGAAGCGAGCACAAAGUUAAAAAGUUACAGGAGACGGUGGAGGCGUUGCAAAGCACUGAGACUGCGCAGCGAUUAUCAGCGCGGCGGGCCGAACGAGAGGCCAAGGACGCAAAGGAGCGGGCCCUGAGGUUACAGAAGGAUCUGGAAGAAUGGAAGAACCGGUAUGACACUCUUGUGGCUAACAAGCGAAGUUCCCGUUUGUUUAUUUAA